UAUGUAUGUAUGUAUGUAUGUAUGUAUGUAUGUAUGUAUGAACACACAGUACUAGAGCAUAUAAAUCUAUUUGGAAACAUGUUCUGAGGGUGCAAAUAAUCAAGAAUGACAUCUGACCACCAAGAAGGUGUCGAUCCAACGCAGAGGUUCCUUUCAAGAAGAUCAAGAAGCGGCAAAGUUGAUCACGGUCAAGACCAUGAUGGUAACAACGUCAACAAGAAUGGUGGGAUGCACUCAUCAUCUUCAUCGUCGUCGUCGUCGUCGUCAUCAUCGUCGGCGGCCGAGAUGGCCAUGAUGAUGAUGAUGAUGGUUGGAGGAGGAGGCGACGGACAAAAGGGAGAUCCUGCUCCCUUCUUGACGAAGACGUACGAACUGGUGGACGAUCCAAUCACAGACCACAUCGUGUCUUGGGGCGAAGACCAGACAACUUUUGUCGUUUGGAGACCUCCCGACUUCUCCAGAGAUCUUCUCCCCAAUUACUUCAAACACAACAACUUCUCAAGCUUUGUCCGCCAGCUCAACACCUAUGGAUUCAAGAAGGUGGUAACAGAUAGAUGGGAGUUUGCGAACGAAUUCUUCAGGAAAGGAGCAAAGCAUUUGAUGUGUGAGAUCCAAAGACGAAAAACUCCACAAAACCAUAACCAAAUCUACAAUAUCCAUGACCAUCAAUUCCAUCAUCAUCAUCAUAACCACUUGAUUCCACCACCAUUACCAUCCCCAUUCUUCCAACAAGAUCAUCAUCAUCAUCAUCAUCAUGCCCAUAGCGAUCAUCAUCAAUCGCAACUCUUAAAUUCUAGUAAACCACCCUCUGAUGAUAUCUUAACAGCUUUGUCCGAAGACAAUCAACGCCUUCUUCGAAAGAACCGCAUGCUCCUGUCCGAACUCACCCACAUGAAGAAUCUCUACAACGACAUCGUCUAUUUCAUCCAAAACCAUGUUAAGCCUGUGCCAUCAUCCUCCGACCAAAUCACCUUCAAACCUGCCGAACACCAUCACGGCAGCGUACAAGCUAUUCCGAAGAUCAGGGAACUCGAUUCUUUACGGGUUCAAGCCGAUGAAAACGUUGAUCCUCUUGCAGGAGUUCCUAAGAUUGGUUCGAGGCUCAUGAACACGAUGAACUCCAACGCCGAGGACCCAAGUUGCACUGUGAAGCUGUUUGGUGUGUCCCUAAGUGGUAAGAAGAGAUUGCAGCAAGAAAUGUAACAUGUGGUCUGAACUUCCAUAAAUCGAUGCUGCAUCAUGUUUCUUGA